CUCAGACUGGGACUUGUAUAUGUACUGUACAGUAACGUCCUGCUGUUGACCGACACUACCGCACGCCUUCCGUUCGACACAUACCUCCAAUGGGCAAGAAGAAUGCGAACUUGUCCGGUCUCGCGCGUUUCGUCGCAGACGCCGCACGCGACCCACCUUCUAGUGAUACCUCACAUGAACCUCGCACUGGAACUGCACGACGUGCAUCACAGGCUGUAGAUAAUAACACCGAAGAAUCCUCCCGGCCGUUCAAGAAACGCAAGGUCGGUCUGCUCGGGUCAGGAAAGGAGCAGUACGACGCGACGGGGCUGGUCCCUUUCUACCAGCACCCUUCACAGGUACCCGCGCAUCUUCAGAAAUGCAAGUAUUUCUCCCAACGCGAACGCUAUUUCUCCCUCUACUCCUCAGGGUGCUUGCUCGACGAGGAGGGCUGGUACAGUGUCACGCCUGAACGAAUAGCGGACCAGAUCGCCGAACGAUGUCGAUGCGAAGUCGUCCUCGACGCAUUCUGCGGUGUCGGCGGGAAUGCGAUUGCUUUUGCGAAGACGUGUGAGCGAGUGAUUGCGCUAGACAUCUCUCCCGUACGCCUGGCUCUAGCGCGACACAACGCUAUGAUCUACGGAGUGGCUGACCGAAUCGAGUUCAUCCUGGCCGACUUCUUCUCCUUCGCGCGGACGCUCGUUCAGAUGCAAGAAUCGCCCUCAAAAGCCAGCCAAACGGACUCUGGUUCAGCAACAACACAAGCAGCAAGGAAGAUUGAUGUCGUCUUUCUCAGCCCUCCAUGGGGCGGCCCAUCCUAUCUCACAGACCGACCUGACGCCAUCGAAGGAGACCAGAGUGCUUUGGGUGGUAUCGACGGCGAAAAGGCACCGCCGGAGUUCAGUCUUUCUGCUAUCAAGCCCGUGCACGGCAGAGAGCUUUUCGAGGUCGCGCGUAGCAUUACGCGGAAUGUGGCGUACUUUCUGCCGCGGAACGUCAAUCUCGAAGAGGUCUCAGCGUUGGUCGCCGAGGAACAAGAGACUGAAGACGGUGACUACAUGGUCGAGGUGGAAGAAGAGUGGAUGGGGACAAAGCUGAAGGCUCUUACGUGUUACUUCGGUGGCCUGGCAUCAGGCCAGGAGGGCCGGUUCUAUAACUGA